GCAUUGGACUGUGAAAACCGGAAGAGAGAGAAAGAGAGGGAAGGCCAAUCUCUGUCCACGUUUCCUUGCGCCCCUAAUUUUUAACCCUUUGUUAUUUUUGCCUUCUGGGGUGGAACUUGGCAAGUUGCACUCUUUCCUUCAUGCAGAACCCAGCUUUAAAAAAAAAAAGAAAAAAAGAUUUUUUUUUUGAAAAAAAAGGAGGGAGCUUUUGGGGUUUGCGGAAGAUUCCUUUGGGCAGAGGGACAAAGAGCUAGAAAGGAGGCGAGCAGAAGGGCGGGAGGUGGGGGGGAGGCGUGGUCAUUUCGGUUACUUGCCACCCUGCAUUUGGGUUUUUGAGAGUGGUGGAGUUAGAUUCGUGAUUCUUUUGCGACAUUCUUUUCUUUUCCUUCUUUUGAGUAGAAGGGAGAGAGAGGAGAGAAAUGGCUGGAGGCGGAGCUGCGGCGCCGAAGCAGGAUGAGUUGGUGCCCCACCCGGCGAAGGAACAGCUGAAUGUUACCUUCUGCGUCAAAAGCCCUCCUGAUUGGCCUGAGGCAAUUCUUCUUGGUUUCCAACAUUAUCUGGUUAUGCUGGGCACAACUGUUAUCAUUCCCACUGCACUUGUUCCUCAGAUGGGGGGAGGCAAUGAUGAGAAAGCCAGGGUGAUCCAGACAUUGCUGUUUGUGGCUGGUUUGAACACUCUGCUACAAACCUACUUUGGAACUCGCUUGCCGGCAGUAAUCGGUGGAUCAUAUACCUUUGUUGUGCCAACCAUCUCGAUCAUUUUGGCUGGUCGUUACAGUAAUAUUGUGGAUCCUCAUGAGAAAUUCCUCCGUAUCAUGCGUGGAACCCAAGGUGCACUAAUUGUUGCUUCAACCCUUCAAAUCAUUGUUGGUUUCAGUGGCCUGUGGCGCAAUGUCACUAGAUUUUUAAGCCCACUAGCAGCUGUUCCUCUGGUCGCACUAGCUGGGUUUGGGCUUUAUGAGCUUGGUUUUCCUGGGGUUGCCAAAUGCAUCGAAAUUGGUCUUCCACAAAUAAUCCUUUUGAUAAUAUUUUCACAGUACAUGCCGCAUGCUAUACAUGCAGCGAAGCCUGUAUUGGAUAAAUUUGCUGUCAUUUUCUCAGUUGCUAUUGUAUGGCUUUAUGCAUUCUUGCUCACUAUUGGUGGAGCUUAUGGGCAUGCGGCACCUAAGACACAAUUGCAUUGCCGCACAGAUCGUUCUGGACUUGUCAGUGGAUCUCCCUGGAUAAGAGUUCCUUAUCCUUUUCAAUGGGGAGCACCAACAUUUGAUGCUGGUGAAGCUUUUGCAAUGAUGGCUGCUUCAUUUGUUGCACUUGUAGAGUCCACUGGCACUUUCAUUGCGGUUUCAAGGUAUGCAGGCGCAACACCAGUGCCUCCUUCAAUUCUCAGUCGUGGUAUUGGUUGGCAGGGGGUUGGUAUCUUGCUGGAUGGAGUAUUUGGAACAGCAAAUGGGUCCUCGGUAUCAGUUGAAAAUGCUGGUUUGCUAGCCGUGACAACUAUUGGAAGCCGUCAAGUUGUCCAAAUAUCUGCAGGAUUCAUGAUCUUCUUUUCCAUCCUUGGGAAAUUUGGAGCAGUUUUUGCAUCCAUUCCAGCCCCGAUUAUUGCAGCUCUUUAUUGCCUCUUCUUUGCAUAUGUUGGUGCUGCAGGUCUCAGUUUCCUUCAGUUCUGCAAUCUUAACAGCUUCCGAACGAAGUUCAUCUUAGGAUUCUCUGUGUUUAUGGGUCUAUCAGUUCCACAAUACUUUAACGAAUACACCUCUGUUGCUGGUUAUGGUCCAGUUCACACUCAAGCAAGAUGGUUUAAUGAUAUCAUUAAUGUGAUAUUCUCAUCAAAGCCAUUUGUUGCUGGCUUUGUGGCAUUUUUCUUGGACAACACCCUGCAUAGGCAUGAUAGUGCUGUUAAGAAAGACAGGGGUUAUCAUUGGUGGGACAAGUUCCGAUCUUUCAAGACAGACAACAGAAGUGAUGAAUUCUACUCAUUGCCGUUUAAUCUCAAUAAAUUCUUUCCAUCUGUCUGAGUUUGCAGCAAAGUUGUUACUAGGAAUAUAUCUAUCUUGUCCAUUAAGAGUUCUUUGGGCGAUGCCCUAGUGUUGAUUUCUAUUUUUUCUUGAUCCACGCAAAAUCUUCAGUAUAAAUAAAUACUAAUCGAUUUGUCUGUUACAUAUUUCAUUUAAUAUAUGUUAAUUUGUGCUUGUGAUAGGUGACAUGGAUUAAAUUAGGCAAAUUAUUAGACAUUUUCAGCCC